ACAUAAUUUUCCGCCAAAGCCGGAUACAAAUUAAAUCGAACCCACUGUUCUUAACCAAAUCGCCCUAAAAUAGCUCAAGAGCGACAUAAAAAACCGGGUUAAAAAAACAGCGACCCUUAACUGAUAAAGAAAAUUUGCAUACGUAUAAAGAGAAAAGCCGAAGCAUCAAUACUACGAUAACUCAGGUUAUCGUCCUUGAAACGAAGCCUUCAAAAACAUCACCAGAUUUUGCUCAAUAGUCGUUCGAUCGUCCUCUGUUUAGCGGUGAUAUGUUUACCGAGGGAUUAGUUUUCGUGAUCGCUGUUGUGCUCCUCUACUGCACAAUUCAGAGCUGGGUAAACAAAGCCAUGAAUUAUCCUCCCGGACCUGCUACUCUGCCGAUCAUUGGAAACCUUUAUAACUUAGGAACUGUUCCACUCCACAGCCUGACCAAACUCGGCCAAAAGUACGGUAGUGUUUUCCAGAUCUUCUUGGGAAGUCAACGAGCGGUUGUUGUCAGUGAUAUCACCACUGCCAAAACUGCCCUUUUAAGAAACGUUAAUGACUUUGCAGGCAGACCCAGUGUGCAUUCUGGUGAUAUCUAUUCCCAUAACGGAAACGCAAUCAGCUUCGGAAAUUUCUCUCCCGCCUGGAAACUGCAAAGGAAGAUUGCACAAGGAGCACUCAAGCUGUGUAGUGCAGGAAUGGAGAAACUAGAAAGGAUCAUUUGCAGAGAGAUCGAAGAAGUUUUUCGACAGUUUGAUCUCAAUGAUGGGAAACCGCACAAUCCAAGUCAGAGUAUUAGUGUAGGAGUUCUAAACAUAAUUUGCGCGUUGACCUUUGGUUCACGAUACAGCGACUGCGAUCCGGAGUUUAGCACCGUUGUCGAACUCAACGACACCUUUGCAGAGACACUGGGUCUUGGAAAUUUAGUGGACAUAUUCCCUGCACUUAAACAAUUGCCAUUCGACUCAAACAACAUCCGUCGACUAAAGAGGUCGGUUCAAGAAAGAGACAGGAUCCUUCUUAAGAAGUACAAGGAGCAGCUGGAGACCUACGAGCCAGGAAAAAUCAGAGGCUUUACAGACGCACUCAUCAAAGUCAUAAAAGACAACGAACAAGCUGACAACAAGAUCAACUCCCUGAUUUCAGAAGACCACAUGCUCAUGAGCAUGGCCGACAUGUUUGCUGCCGGAUCAGAGUCACUAACUUCCACACUUCUCUGGGUGCUGCUUCUCCUCAACAACCACCCUGAGGUUCAGGAGAAGGUGCAUCGUGAGCUCGACGAAGUGAUUGGCCGCAAGCGUCUCCCCAGUCUCACGGACAAGAAGAACCUCCCUUACUUGGAAGCGACCUUAGCCGAGGUACUACGUCUCAGGCCACCGGCUCCACUGGGGCUCCCUCAUAAGGCGCUAGUGGACACCACCUUAAACGGGUACAACAUCCCCAAGGACACCACAUUGAUAGUCAAUUUAUGGGCCAUUCACCAUGAUCCUAAGUACUGGGAGAGCCCUACUAAGUUUGACCCCAACAGGUUCUUGGACAACAAUGGCAAUGUAUUGAAUCCUGCAUCUUUGAGUUAUCUGCCGUUCUCAGCUGGUAGGCGAGUGUGCUUGGGUGAGCUGAUGGCAAAAGCGGAGUUGUUCCUGUUUGUUUCUCAGCUAUUGCACCAGUUCAAGAUUGAAAACCUCCCCAACUAUCCCUACCCCUCUCUAGAAGGGACGAUUGGCAUGGGACUGAAGCCCAAACCUUACAAGGUUUUCUUCAAACGGCGAUUCUAGACUUGGAAAAAUGAAAGGGUCGAGUGGCACAAUGAAUUUUACCUAAAAAAAUCCUUGAAUGACGCUUACUGCAAACGUCAAAGUUGAAGCUCCGUAAACUUCAUAUAGAACCCUCUACCUAUAGAAACAAAUUUUUCGUUCCCUCCUAGUCGCUUGAUUUUUAGGAUUAGAGGAAACGCUGGGUAAAAAGAGAAUUAAAUUUGCAGGUACCACAUUCGCCACGUUAAACUUCUUCAAUUUCGUGUCGGAAAUGACGAUGA